CCAUUCACUCUCGCUCCUUUCGCUGACGCUCAGUCCAAUGAUGAACACCGUGCACGCUCCAACGCCUCUGCACUCGCUUCCCUCCGUUCCCCUCUCCAAGCCGGGCCAUCGUCCCCAACCUGCGUCGCUCCCCAAGGCCAUGAGAGCUUCGAUGAGGGACCGGAGCAAGAACCGGAAGCCGCUCCAGAGGGGGAGGACCCUCAGCAUCGAGGCCAUCCAAGCCGUGCAGGCGCUGAAGCGGGCAAGCGGCAAGGACCCGCGUUCGCUCGAGCUGGUCCGCCGCUCCGCCUUCGAGCGCCUCCUGAAGCACGACAUGAUCGCGGUGCUCCGCGAGCUGCUCCGGCAGAGCCGGUGCGGUCUGGCCCUCAAGGUUUUUGAAGAUAUUCGGAAGGAGUACUGGUACAAGGCUCAAGUACUGUUGUAUGCUGAAAUGUUUUCAGUCUUUGCUGGCAAUGGAUUGUUUGAGGAGGUUAAACUUCUUUACCUGUAUUUGAGAACAGAAGAUAAUAUUGAGCCUCAUCUUGAGGGGUUUAAUAGUGUCUUGAGAACCUUCAUAAGUUUUAGUCUCGUUGAAUUGGCAACAGAGUGCUAUUACUUCAUGAAAGAAAUAGGAUGUGAACCAGAUAGGUCAUCCUUUAGGAUUCUUAUAAACGGUCUUGAAUCAAUGGGGGAACAGGUAGCUUCAGCUAAGAUAAGAGAGGAGGCGCGGAAGUAUUAUGGGGAAUCCCUGGAGUUUUUACAGGACACUGAAGAGACUAUAUGCCAAUCUUGAGCAUACAUAUCACUACAGAAAGAGAUUUUAAAAGGCCAUGUUGGUUGUGCCUUUAUUUUCAGUUUCAACUGAAACGAAGUGUUUCAUUCAUAAGAGGAAAAGGAAGUGGAGUUGGUA